GUGAACGGUGAAAAGUGGAAUUUCUCUCGGACGAAGCACCAUCAUCCAGCCGUGUGCAGUAUUGCGAUCGCCGUGCAAGUCGGAAACUGUGGCCAGCUUGCAUGAAAUUGGUGUGAAAAGUGAUUACAAAAUUUUGGGUGUACGGGCGAAGCCGUGCCAACGUGACCCCAUGGCGACGACAGCGGUGUUCUUCUCUCCACGGGAAGGCACUGUGUGUGGCUAGUGUGACGACAGUGUAGUGUAGUAGGGUAGAAAGCUAUUUGCGUUUUGCUUCACUUCCUUCGUUUGUGUGCGUGCGUGCGCGGGUGCGUGUGUACCGACGAGAACCAAUAAACCAGCAGGCAGGGAGGGGGAAAAAAGGUGGCAAAAGUGCAACAACACCACAACAAAAGCGAAAGAAUCGACUCAUUUCGCCUACUUCGUUGGUGUGUUGGUGUGUGUCCCUCUCUGUGUAACGUGUGUGCGUGCGCGUGUACGUGUGUUUAUAGUGUUCUCCACUGUCAGCUGUCAAUUUAGAGUGAAGGCGCCGCCUGCUAGUGGAACGCAAAAUUGGAUUGAAGUAAGCGGUUCAGCGUUGCGUCGUCGUUCGUACAAAGCAGGCAAACACACAGCUACACACAUCCGGCAGACGCACAUACAGCGGUGCCAACCAUAAAAGACUUUUAGCCUCAUCAUCAUCCUCAGUUACACGUCAUUCAGCGGAGACGAUCAAAUGGUACAGCAGUGCAACGGUGGUGAACCACCAUUACGGUGGUGGCGGUUGUCCUAAUGUCCUUUCGCAGGACUAUCGCCGCCGCCAUUCGGUUCCUGUCACCGAAGGAGCCGGAUGUGAGCCGCUUUCGUCGCAAACGUUACCAACACUGCUUACCACUGAUACUGCAACCGGGCAGCGACAGUGCUAGCGAUAGCAGCGGUUACCACUAUCACCAGACACUGUAACACUGAGUAGAACCUGCAAAGGAGAGGGAGAGAGAAAGAGCGAGCUAGCUGGAGAAGUUUCCGUUUUGCAGUAGAAUUAAAUUGUUGAAGCGUUAAAAUUAUUUGUCAAGCUGCGGAUUGCGGCACACGCGUCACUGCGCCGUAAAGCGGUGACCUAAUGAAACGAAAGUAGCACGCGGAGGCUUAGAUAGGAUUUAAGAAAUCUAUCGCUCGAAAUAACAAGCACCAGAACGGUCAAUUGUUGGUGUUUAAGUUUCGCUUGCGUAGUUCAAAUUGAUAGUCGUCGCGAAAACAAAAUUAGAGGAGCGUAUUCCUAGUGCGAGAUAGAGAUAAGGCGCCAAGGACGAUGGCUUCCGAUCAGAAGGAUGUCCUCGCUGGACUGAAUCUAGCCAAACUGUCUGUUCAAUCACCCGCGGCACGCCUCAAAGAGCUGGAAAACCUCAUCCUGGAUCAGGUCGCAAACAAUAACUUCAGCAACAACGGUAGCAAUGGUACCGCCACAAACAAUUCCGGCAGCAGCCCGCUGUUCGCCAGCCUUCUUAGUGGAGCAGUUGCGGCUGCGGGCCUGUCUGGGGAAAAGUUCCUGUCGGUGGAAACGAUGCUCGACUGUUUGCUGGUGCUGUACGACGAAUGCUGCAAUUCGUCGUUGCGCCGCGAAAAGACGGUGUCGGACUUUAUCGAGCUGAUGAAGUCGGUGGUGCAGGGCAUCAAGCAGCUGCGGUUGUCGCGUGACGAUUUCGAGGUGCUGAAGGUGAUCGGUCGCGGUGCGUUCGGCGAGGUGUGCGUCGUCCGGAUGCAUCACACUAGUCAGAUCUAUGCGAUGAAGAUACUGAACAAAUGGGAAAUGUUGAAGCGCGCCGAAACGGCUUGCUUCCGCGAGGAGCGCGAUGUGCUGGUCUUUGGUGAUCGGCGGUGGAUAACGAAUUUACAUUACGCUUUUCAGGAUGACAUUAAUUUGUAUCUCAUUAUGGAUUACUACUGUGGCGGUGAUCUGUUAACGUUACUGAGCAAGUUCGAGGAUCGUCUACCCGAGGAUAUGGCCCGGUUCUACAUCGCCGAAAUGGUCCUAGCAAUACACAGCAUCCACGAGCUAAAGUACGUGCAUCGGGACAUUAAGCCGGACAAUAUAGUGCUGGAUGCGAGUGGGCAUGUGCGUCUGGCUGAUUUCGGUUCCUGCAUGCGGCUCGGCCCACAAGGCACGGUACAGUCGAACGUGGCGGUCGGCACACCCGACUACAUUUCGCCCGAAAUUCUGCGCGCGAUGGAGGACGGGCAGGGCAAGUACGGUCCCGAGUGUGACUGGUGGUCGUUGGGCGUGUGCAUGUACGAGAUGCUGUUCGGCGAAACACCGUUCUACGCGGAGAGUCUAGUCGAAACGUACGGCAAGAUAAUGAACCACAAAAACUCGUUCGACUUCCCGAACGACGACGAAGAGUACGGUGUGAGCGAGCAGGCGAAGGAUUUAAUCCGGCGGCUGAUCUGCGCACCCGAGUACCGGCUCGGCCAAAACGGUAUCGACGAUUUCAAGGCCCAUCCGUGGUUCGAGGGCAUCAACUGGGACACGAUACGGAACGAGCAGGCACCGUACAUACCGGAGGUUUCUAGUCCAACCGACACGUCCAACUUCGACGUGGACGAUACGGAUAUCAAGCUGUCCGAUGCCGUACCGCCCACCACGAACCCUGCCUUCUCCGGUCACCAUCUGCCAUUUGUGGGCUUCACCUUCACGAAGGACAGCUCCCUGUCGGACGUGGGCCGAUUGUCGCGUGCCAUCACGACGCAUAGCAUUAAUCAACCGCUGCCACCGCUGAAGCUGGACAAGCACGGUUCGGAGGAGAAGCAACGGCUCAGCCCGGACAGUACGCGCAAGCUGCAGGAUGAAAUCAACAUCCUCACCAAGCGUAACUGCGAGCUGGAAAGCCAGAUCAAGAGCUUCGAGCGGGUGGGCGCCAUGUCGGUCGGCACGGCAGAUUCGGCCGACUCGGUCGACGGUCAGGUGGACGCCAAGAUCAAGGAGAACGAAAAACUGAUACGCUUGCUGCGGCAGGAAAAAGACGACCUGCAGAAAGAGCACCAAGAUUCGCUGGAUCGGUUAAAGCAGCAGGACAAAGAGCUGAAGGAUGCGCUGGAGCAGCGCAAGCUGGCGAUGGCCGAAUAUACCGAGGUAACGGACAAGCUUUCGGAUCUACGCCAACAGAAGCAGAAACUGUCGCGGCAGGUACGCGAUAAGGAGGAGGAGCUUGAGGUGACGAUGCAGAAGGUGGAUACGCUGCGCAGUGAGCUGCGCAAGACGGACAAACUGCGCCGUGAGCAGGACGCCCGCGUACAGGACCUUAUUUCGGAGCUAAACCGAGAGCGGCAGCAGCGCGAACGGUCGGAGGAAUGCUACCGACAGCUGCAGAUGGAAGCACGCAGCCGAAGCUCAUCGGAGCUCGGAUCUUCCAACUCGCUCGGUAUUUCCUCCUCGGAUUCCAUUCGGUUGGAGAUUGAUCGGCUGGAGGUGGAGUACAGUGAGAAGAUUAACCAACAGCAAACGCGCUACAACAUCGAAAUAUCGGCCUUAAGAGAUCAGCUGAACGAAGCGGACAACCAUCGGGAGAUGCUUCAGCGGGAGUUGCAACAGGCGCGCGAAAAGCUCGACUCGAGCCGGCUUGAAUCGCUCACCGAUUCGGAAGAAACGAUUCUCGAGUUGCGGAAGCGACACGAGCGCGAGAAAAAGAUUCUGCUCGACGAUAACCGUAAGCUGAUCACGGAUCUGGAGAUGAUCAGUGAAGCGAACCGCCGUCUGACAGCCGAACGGCUACAAAUGGAAAGCGAAUAUGAGGACCUAAGAAAUAGACGCCAAGCAUUCAGCCAAUGGGAACGUCAGAUAGCGGAGAUCAUUCAGUGGGUAUCGGACGAGAAGGAUGCGCGCGGUUAUCUGCAGGCGCUCGCCACCAAGAUGACCGAGGAGCUCGAGUACCUGAAGCACACCGGUCCGCUCAAUCACAACGCGAGCGACAACAAGAACUGGCGCAACCGCCGCUCGCAGAAGCUGGACAAGAUGGAGCUGCUUAAUCUGCAGAGCUCGCUGCAGAACGAAAUCCAGGCAAAGGCGGUGAUUUCCGAGGAGCUUACGCGUACCCGUACCGAUCUCGUGGCCGCUCAAAAGGAUUUGCGAGAGACGCGGCAGAUAUGUGAAUCGAUCGGUAGCGAACUGAAGCGCAAGGAGAGCGUGAUCAAGGAGCUACAGCAGCGGCUUGAGUCGAACGAAGGAUUGUCGCUCCCGGUACUGCAACUGUUGGGUCAUGGAGAUGGAUCGACAACAAGCAGCCGGAGAAGCACCAGCAGCAUACGUGGUUUGGGUAGUGAACUUCCUCCACCCACCGGCAGCGGACGGUCGAGAAGUUCCCGGGAGGUAGAAAUGCGAGACGUGCUAGAGACGGUACGGAAACAGCAGCUAUCAUCGGCCGCAGCACCGUCCACCGCUCCCAGCACCACCGCUGCCGACGAUGACGAUCGGAUGAUCGUGGAGGAUUUGCUGAAGGAUCUUCAUCGGGGCGAAGGAAACAUACGGCCAUCGAAAGGAAGCAAGGCGAAGAAUGCAACACUGACAGGAGACACAGCGGAGCUGACGGAAUUCGAACGGGCUGUCCUGAGCAAGUACAUCCGGGAACUGCAGGAAACGGGAGAAGGAGGAGAAGGCAGCUCUCCGGAUGUGCAGCACAUAGCGCCGGCAGACGUUCAAGUCCUGGAAAGACCGUCCUCGCAGAUGUCCUAUUUGGAUCACUUCCUGAAAGAGUCUGGAGGCGUUGGAAGUGGUGGUGGCGGCGGCGGUGGAGGUGGCGGUUCCAGCUCAACGACGCACACAAACUCAACAUUAGCCAUCAACAUGCCAGCAGCCGGAUCGAGCAGUAGCACAGUUCCACCGCACCGCAAAAGCAGUAGCGGUAGCCAGCACGUAAACACAUCCACCAGCUCCUCCUCGAACAAUCUCACCUCCACGAAUGCACCGCACCUUAAUCAAACCCAUAAUCAAAGCCUCUCGUCACUACACCAACAACAAUUACACCACCAACAGGUACAGCAGCAGCAGCAGAGUCAGGCACAGCAGUUGCAGCCGCAGCACACAUACAGCAACCAGCAGCAGUUGCUUCAACAGCAUCAACAGGAACAGGCACAGCAGCAGCAGCAGCAGCAGCAGCAGCAACCAACGAUGCACCAUUCGAACUAUUCGAUGGAGAGUGAGGACGGUGAUGUGGAGGAUAACAAUCGCGGCCACUCACUGUCCAGCUCGAAGAGCAAUCUGAGCGAUCAUUCACUGAGCAUGCACAGCGUAAUGAUGUCCCAUCAGCAGGACCUGCAUCCCCAUCGGCAACAGAAGGCGAAGGUACAUCAGUUCCUGGUGCGCACCUUCUCCAGCCCAACCAAAUGCAAUCACUGCACCUCGCUAAUGGUGGGCCUAACGCGCCAGGGUGUGGUGUGCGAGCUGUGCGGGUUCGCCUGCCACAUGAUCUGCUGCCCGAAGGUACCGACCCAAUGUCCGGUUCCGUCCGACCAGACGAAACGACCGCUCGGGAUUGAUCCGACGCGUGGCAUCGGCACGGCGUACGAAGGUUACGUGAAGGUGCCCAAGCUGGGUGGCGUGAAGCGUGGCUGGGUGCGCCAGUUUGUCGUAGUGUGUGAUUUCAAGCUGUUCCUGUACGAUAUCUCCGCCGAUCGCAGUGCACUGCCGAGUGUGCACGUUACACAGGUGUUGGAUAUGCGUGAUCCCGAGUUUACGGUUUCCGGUGUGCGUGAAAGUGAUGUCAUUCACGCAACGAAGAAGGACGUACCGUGCAUAUUUAGAAUUACAACAUCGCUGCUAGACGGUGGCCCAUCACUGCAAACGCUGAUGCUGGCGGACACCGAGUCGGAAAAGGCGAAAUGGGUCGUGGCACUGAGCGAACUGCACCGCAUCCUGAAGCGAAACAAUCUCCCGAACACGGCCAUGUUCCGGGUGCGCGAAGUGCUCGACAGCACCGUGUCGGCGAUCCGUAACGCACUGAGCGCGCUCAUUAUCGACCCGGAAAGGAUACUGCUCGGUACGGAGGAUGGACUGUUCUGUCUCGAUCUCGACCGCAGCCAGAUCGCACGGAUCGGCGAAAGCAAGAAGGUGUACCAGCUGUGGUACAUCGCCGAGGAACAGCUGCUGGUGAUACUGUGCGGCAAGCAGCGCCAUCUGCGGCUGUUACCGAUCCGUGCGCUCGAGACGGUCGAUGUCGAGUGGAUCAAGGUGGCAGAGUCGAAGAACUGCAUCACGGCCUGCACCGGCAUUAUCGAGCGCGGCCCGCAGCCCGUGUUUUGCAUUGUGCUAGCGCUGAAGCGCCAAAACACGUCCCAGAUUGUGGUGUACUUGGUGAACCGGGACCGCAGCCGGCAUCACAAGAUGUGCGAGUUUACGGUCGCGUACCCGGUGCAGAGCUUGCAGGUGCUAUCCGACAUGCGGUUGGCCGUUGGACAUCAGAGUGGAUUCACCGCGUACUGCCUGCAGGGUGCGGCCAAAGCAAUGCCUUUGGUGCACCCGGAAAAUCAACUGAACAAUUUCCUUAACUUUUCCGGCGUUGAUGCGUGGCGUGUGAUUGAAAUUCAGUCCGGUCACGGAGGCAAUGUGCACGGUGAAUACUUGCUCGUGUUUCAAACGCUCGCGAUCUACGUCGAUCUGCAGGGGCGUAAAUCGCGCGACCGUGAAAUCAUGUAUCCGGCUGUCCCGAAGCAUAUCACCUACUGUGACGGCCAUCUACUAGUCUACUCGGAAACCCAUCUGGACAUCUUCAACACGCAGACCGCCGAAUGGGUGCAGUCAAUUGGUUUAAAACGUUCCCGUCCACUGAUGAACAAUGGCAGCCUUACGUUGACCUAUCUCAACGAUAGCGUCCACGUCGUUUACCUGGCGAACAUGCACACGAGAGAAUUGCUCAAUCUUUCCCCAUGUGAUCGUGAUGGUCGUCUAAAAUCGAAACGAUUCUCGUUACGCGAACCCAACCGAACGAUUCGCACGAGCACCGAUCGUCGCUCGAAGCUUAUCUCUGCACCUACCAACUUCAACCAUAUCUCGCACAUGGGCCCGGGAGAUGGCAUUCAGAAGCAGCGGUUGCUCGAUCUACCAACGACGAUCGAGACGGCCGACCAGAGCACGCAACAGCAACGGAUUUCAACGAUGCGUCAUGCACCGCCACCACCCCGUGCACCUCCUCGUCCAUCCAUGAUCCAUCAGUUGAAUGGAUCGAACAACUCUCUGCCGGGUGCAAAGCGUACGGCUCCGGCCCGGCCACGCGAUCAGCCUCCAUCGUUACCACGUUCACCUAGUCCGUUGGGCAGCAUGUCCUCCCUACAUGACGUUCUUAAGGUGUCGGUCGCUGAUAUGCAAUCGGAAUCACGGCAAAGUGUGGCGAGCAACAAUUCCAGCUCGGUAUCAACGCCACCCUCCCCGACGAACGAUCGGUUAAGUUCAAGCUACGACUCAUAAUGUUUCCUGAAAUAUUUCACCAAAUUGCUAACCAUUCGCUCCACGCUGGAACACAGCGGACGAUCGUUUUGCUUGAAGGGGCCCACCCAACAACCACCCACAGCUUCGCGCCAUACGGAUCGCAGCGAAUCGGACCGGGCGGACGGCACCUAGCGGACUAAGAGUUCUUUAUUGUUUUUUUUUUUUUUAAAUCGUUUUGUUGUGUUAAUGUUUCUCAUGUGAAAUGCGCCAUAUAUCGUUACAUCGAGUUUUUUUGUUUCUUCGCCCACCAAAAAGAGGUUUUCAUCAUUUUCAUCAGAAAUUAGGGGGGGGGGGGGGGGACUUUAUGCUGGCCCAACGAUACACAACGACAUUGUAGAGGUGAAGUGUACUUGUGUGUGUGUGAAGAUAUCAUUUCAUUUUAAACCCACGGUGGGUCCAGCAACAGCCCGCUAUUGUUUUGCUUUCCUCCUCUCCCUUUUUUUUGUUCUACCCCAUAGGAUGAGGUGCUAAGUGUAAAUGAUCGAUGAUCUCUUCCUCUGGUCUAUCUCUCUACUUACUACCUAAACUUACUAGAUAUACUUUCUUCGUUUUUUUAGUUCUCUUCUCUUACAAACUAAACAAAAGAAAUGUGUCAGGAAACAAAGUAUCAAUUAUGGGCAGAGGCUGAGCUCUGGGACCGACCUCUUCGGGACGGGUUGUCACGACGGCACCAGUAAAGUCGAUUAAACGAACAAACUUACAAAUGAAAAUGGGGCUCGGGGCAUGUGAUUGGUAAUCGAAAAAGCAAGAGCAACCUCCGUUUUGCUGUGGUGGGUGAUGGUGGUGGUGUUGUAGUAAUACAGCUGUGUUCCGUUUACGUGCGUGUGUGUGCGCGCGUGUGUGUGUAUGUGCUAUACAACGUUUGUAAGAAAAGGUAGAGUUGAUAGACGGGGAGGGGGGGGUGGAAUUCAUUACCAUUACAAUGUUUAGGAAUUUAAUGAUGUGAAGCAAAGCUAAAACGAUAGUCGCCUAGUGUACGUUUUGUCCCUAUAUCUAUACGCUCUAUAAAAUUACGCCAUGUAUUCCUGCCGAGUAAUAUAGUAUUUGAUAUUCAUUCCUAGAGAUACCAUUAUGCAUACAUACGUGCUGUAAAAACAACGCAGGAUCGGUAGGAACGGAUCGGUUCUCUACAGCCGAUCCGGUUUAGAAUAACACGCGCUAAGGAACAUUACGCAAAGCACAUUCUCAUACUCUAACUGGUACAGUUCUUGUUCAUCUCACACGUUUACUCUCCCCCUUAUCGACGACGACGUUCACUAAUGUUUUAUCAACUCGUGUUAAACUUCAUCGAAUUUCGAAAACAGCGAAACGCGUUUCGAGUGUUGUGGCAUAGCAAUAUAUCCCUUACCCUUUAUCGUACUAAAUCUGUUCUGUGCUGCUUUCUUAAAUCACACACAUACGCUAUUACCAUUGUACAUUGCGCCAUUAGCAGGUUUGAUCCCGUUGUGAAGGAUCGCAAACACACACACACACGCGCGUGCGCAUGCACGGCAACGUUUGCCAAAUUACUAGUGGCACGGAACACUACUCGCAAACCAAACAAAUGUCUUAUUAAGGGGGCUAAAUAUAUUACAGAAACACACACACACACAACUACCCACACACAGAUGGUGCUUCCAAAAGUAGCCGUUGCAGAAUUAAGCGGUAAGAAUAAAAUUGUACGCUCGCUGCUCUCCUCCUUCGCGAAGCACGAUAAAACGCGUAGGGCGUAACACGAGCGGCAAAAAAAGGUGUCAAUAUACAAACAAACAAACAAAAAAUGACAAAAUGAAAUCAAAUUAUACAUAUACCACCUUCAGAACAUGUUUACAUUGCAUACAAAAUUAGUAACGAAAGUCAAGCCCCCGGGGAAGAGGACACGGACCGUUCCGUGGUGAGGAGGACGCGCGGUCGCAAACACGCACGUGUCCUUAUUGCGUAAAUGUGGGCUAACAGGAAGAGUAAGAGAGGGAGAGAGAGAGAAAAAAAUGAUGAAACUAUGAGGACAAUAUUUAGUAUUUUCAGUGCAGAUUAAUACUGCACUUUUGUUGCAUAAUGUGUAUAACGUCGCACCGCAACAACGGACAGCACCGACGGCAAACGCGCGACGGGACGCGAAAAGGCGGGCGCCUGAAACACGAGCAUGAGCAUAUCGGGAGAAGGUAGCGUUGUGUCUUGAACGGUGGCUCACUAACGGACGUUUAAACUAUCGAUCAUCCAUUAUAUACAGUUCACGCGCGAUGGCAUACAUUAGCUAACAACGUUUACACUCUAAGGUUUACUACGCGACUUUGAAACGAAGGCUAUCGGGCUGUCGGGGGAACCUAAUGAAACGAGAACCGCCCCCAUCUCUCAUCCGGACGGCUUUUUAUCGUAAAUUUUAACUCGCCUGUUUGUGGUUUUAUUUUAAAUACUCUUCUUAAUGCGGCCCCCGUAACGAUUGAUGCUUCUGUGGUGGUGUAGCGGAAUUCGGUCGAUUGAGUUUACUCUCUCAAGACUUACAAACUUACAAAUUGAAGAGACGCCAUUUCUUUUAAAUUUUCCUUUUUAGCUUUGUUUUUAAUAGUUAAAAAUGUUUUUUUUUUUCGUUUUAUUUAUUUAACUGUAACACCAGCAAAACGGAAAACUAAAAAUCGCGCGCUCACCCGCUCUCAAAAACGAUUUGUGGUUAUUUAUGUGCGUAGUGUAGUUUGAAAUGUGUGAGCCGCCCCCGGGGGAAACAGAUGAAAGGUUAUAAGGGGCUCUACACAUUCGGAUCGGCUGGCGAUAGUAAGGUUUCUUUCUGUUCUUCGAGACGAGAGUGUAAAAGCGGAAAGAGAGAGAGAGAUAGAGAUGGAAGAAAGAGUCAAAUUAGCUGGUGAAGAAAAGCGUUGUAAAGAUAAAGGAUUAACUUGAAAAGAACUAAACCAGGUCUUAUACACUUAAGCCAGAUUGGGCGCUGUUGUGCGUAUGUGUGUGCUUUAAGUGUACAGUUGUGCGAAGGGGAAAAAAAUCAAGCGGACAUAUACGACGAUACAGCCCCACAGCAGCAGCGUUGACACAUGCAUGCUCUCCCAAAGCGAUAUGCGAAUUGAUACAAAACAGCAACGAAUGAGAACGAAUAACAGGAACAACUCACUCAAGUAUGGUAAUGUCCUUAAGCAGUAGCACGGCGAAGAAACGGUGUGGAUGCGCGGUUACAAAACUAAAAUAACAAAACGAGCCAAACAGAUUGAAA